CUUUGAUUCUCAGUUCCGAGUAAAACAUAGACAACAUCUAGUGACCAUAAGUAUCAUCAUUGUAAUCAAUUUUUUUUGCUAUCAAUGAAAAAAUAAACAAAAUAGAUUGAAAUUCAAUCAAACACCAAUCAUUUUCAUCUCCUUGUUUCAAAAACACAUAUGAUCACACCGAACCGAGACAUCCCGAAAUUCGCAGACAUAAUGAGAAGUGCUGUCAUCCAAGCAUCUGUUCCUCCACGAGACAAGAGGACGCUUACAGUCACUAGUCGGAUAAAGAUAGGAAAUCGGCGCAGACCGAUCUUGAUGCACAGGAGAAUGAAAGAUCAGGAACAACAUGCACAGGACAUGAUACACAGGAGACCAGGAGGACGUCCCCUUGAUGGCACGCAGCAACGUCAUACUACCACUACGCACGACCAGCUGGCCUUUGGUUUUACUACCAAGGUAGCCAAAAUGAUGGGCCGUAGAAGUCGUGGGCGAAGAAGAAAGAUCGCAGCCACGAUAGUGGCAGUUGGCGGAUCAGCCCUCGUAGUAGCCGGCUUGUACUCUUCGGGCGGCGAAGGUCGCAGCAGAAUCGCCCUAUCUCUCUUCGCUGGAAGCGAACCCCCACCAUUAGAUUUCUGUCUAGGCACAGCUGAGGACUGCAAGGAAGCCGAAAAAGAGGUACUUAGGCGUAGAAUGGUAGACUCUUCGUUCUAUGUCUUGGAAAUGAAGAGAUCACACAUGAGGAGAGUAGGCAACACGAGUCUCGAUUAAGUUGGGCACUUAUCUAACAGCAUGGGGCGUGGGAGAUUGCGCGCUGCUUAUUUUCCACUAACGCUUCCCUCCCGUUUUUUUCUUCUGUUGUCUACAACUCUUCUUGUGCAACCCCUCAGGAGCAUGCCCCCGAAGUCGUCGAAUUAGAUGAGGAUGCUGCACGCAACCAAGUCUUCGACUGCACGCUAGCAAUGACGCCAGCUGACUGCACUGACGGGGAGCGUGAAAAAAGGUGUAUUUGGCAAGACAACGUUGUGCGCGAUGCUUCCUCCGGCGAAGUCAAGAUGAUGGGAGGAUGUCAACAUAAGCAGUGCAUUUGCACGGGUCACGCUCCGCUCGAUCCCGCAUGGGACAAAUAUCUCAACAUCGUCGCAGGUAUAUCUUCCACCUCCAUGCAAUAGAAGUCCUAGAGCUAGUUUUGCUACACCACCUCAAGAGAAACUAGAACUAACUAUGUAAGUCUAACAAGUACUGAGUUGUUGGGUUUCUGCAUCACAUUGUUCAGAAUUGUUGCACGACUAUUAUCUAUGUUGCUCUUGCUCAAAGCACGACUGUCCGACCCUCCAGAUGACCAGACGACCCCAGACCAGCUGUACCACGGCUGCGAUAGCUAUUCCGACAAGUGGUGCGAUUUAAUGUGGUCUCUGGAUCCUGUGACCAGUAUGUUCUCUUCAAAUACUUGGAAAGGAGUGUGGUGUCAUGCUAGAUGGUGUUUUGUGGAGCCUGAUUGUCCAGCUAGCCGUUUAUUGUCCAUCACCGCAGACCAGCCAAACGAAUCGAUGGACGAGCCAGGAAAUGUGCUCACUGGUAUAAAGAUUAUUCUUGUCAAAAACAAUAACUAAUUUGAAGAUAAUCUACUUCCUAGAAGGAACAAGUACCGUCAAGUCGACAAUUGAAGAUAACCAUCUCGUUGUAGCCAUGAUCUCAGAUGCAUACCACAGAAUUAUCAUAAGAACGAUGUAGUGACUUUACUUAUUUGAUUGCAAAAGCGAACAAGAAGACCUUGACAUUCUACUAUACAUCGUGAGAAAUUCCCAUCCUCCCAGCUCCCAUAACGUAUGUGGGCUGUCCUCAGGAUCUAGCUGGCAUAAAAAUUAUGAGCUUCACCAAUUGACUACGUACAACACCAGUGCAUUUUUACAACAAAGAGUCCAGUAUUAUAUAUGAUAUCAGUACUUGUAGAGAUAGAUGGAUGACUUUAUCCUGGAGUUGCCAACAUUGUCUACCAAGCCUUGUACAUGUACUAGCGUUGUCUUCUAAGAAAGACUUCGGAUGGGACAACGUGAAUUUCGACGGUUUGAAUGUAACGGCUAGCGAAGACGCAGUUCACAAGGACAUGCGCAUCAUCCUGGACCACGCGGCUAGUGUGGACGAUGGCUCUGCUGUAUCCACGAUAGCAACACUUGCUCAGCCUACGGGUGAGCCAGAGAAGGGAGAUCAAGGACAACAGCCGCCAUACUGAUUCAAGUUCAGGGACCUCUGGACUGAGUAAAUGAUGACUAUGAUAUGCAUGCAUGUCAAAAACACCGACGUGCUUAUGAUACUGGAUUUCAACUCUCUUUACAUCAGAUGUUUCAAGUUCAUUGCCGGUCGUGCAGAAACCAGAUGACAAUUUCAAAAAUCUGAGGUUGAGUUCUUUCCGCAUCCAUCACAUACGAAAACCAAGCGUAAAAUAUAUCUUCUCGCAGUUUGUUCUGUAGGUACAAGUGUGCAGGUUCCACAGCCUUAUCAAAGUGAAAGCUAAAGAGGAACAUAUAUUUGAAUUUAGGUACGAGUCAAGGAGCAUAAGUAAUUGCUCCUUGUUCAUGUUUAUCUGAGUUAUUUGAACUAUUCAAGAUCAAGUUAUGGAUCUUUGAAGAGUGAGGAGCAGGAGCUGAAGCAUAGGAAGUGUUAUGUUAAGAAUGGUUUUCUUUAGAUUGUUCCUCUUCGUCUUGCAGCUGUUCUUCCUUACCCAACAGCUUUGAUAAUCUGUCCAUGAUGCCGGUGCCAACUUUUCCCUUUCUGUCCUGAUUCAUCGAUCGACUGUUGUACUUGUAUGCUCUUCUCUAUCUUUCAUACUGUUCGUGCAAGUACCCUUCCUUUAUCUAGUGCUUGCUUGCUGGCUUGCAUGCCCAUGGCGACGGAGAACAAGACUGUUCUAUCUUAUGGCACAAGUUAAGGCUUUCUAACUGACUGCGAAUGUUCUACAGUUGUGGUAGGUGUAGUGAGCCGGCGCCCCUGCUGUGCUACCACAAGCUUCACUCUAGAGCAUUGCGAGCGCCUUCUCUAUUGUUCCAUCGCCAAAAGAAGGACCUCAGGGGCAGAAGCAGUCCCUAAUGUGCGCCUAUUAGUUCAAUAAUUUUUUACUUUGGAGAAAAUUCAAGCAAGGACUGCAAAAAUCCGGACAGUGUUCAGUUUGUCGGGGCAUCAUGUGAAUCCGCAGAACACUCGCCGCCUACUGCUCUGCUUUAAGGAAAGCCUUCCCCAAUUGCGAGCAAAGAACCGCUGGCGCCCUCCAAAUCCCCACGGCCCUCCAGAAUCCCCCAGCACACACGUGCAGGCUAAUGCGGUGGACUCUGGAGGGGCGCGGGGAGUCACACACGAAACGAAACCAAAAGACAGAAAAGCCAAGGGGAGGCAAGUCGCAGAAGCCGCGAAGCGGAGCACUUCCAGGACUAGGAGGCGACAAUAGUGACCGUUUUCGUGUAGUUCUUAGCUGAUUAGGCGCCAAUCUAAUCAGCCACCUGCGGAAGCACCAGAGGAGAGGGCAGAGGCGCAGCGAGCACGCUUCACCCUCGAAACUUAACAAAAAGAGGAGGCGCGAGCCCUUUGGAACUGAAGCGGCAACCGGCCCGGCCCUCCUCGGAAAGCGCCAAGAUAUUGAAGAAGCCCCGGCGCUCUUGUUUGCUGUGUGUGUCCUUCUGGCUCGCAAGGACAUUUUGGAAAAAAAAUCGGAAGCCAUCCUUUCAGUUUUUUCGUCAAAGAUGGCCUUGCGAGCUGGAACACGGCAAACAAUAGCGGAGCCCAUUCAAUUCUGGCGAAACCCCCGGAAAGUCCCCCGCUGAAAUACUUCAAGAGAGUGCGAGCAAAGCCAGCAACCCCCCCCCCCGACAAUCUGCGCACACACGGCGGCGCGCGUGGGUCAUGGCUUGACCAUUUAAAGGCGGCGGUGUGUCUCUCUUUCUUGUAACUAAUCUGAUCCGGCGCGAGAGCCUCGGGGCGCCGUGUGGUCAAAAGUCCAACACUUAACAACAUGAAAAGACCCAAGGACGAAGAACCUCGGGCGGACUGCCUCAAAUCUCUCCGAUUGUGGUGAAAAAACUGGCCGCCGCAAGUGGGGCUUGAAUGGAGAAAAUUCAAGCAAGGACAGCAAAAAUCUGGACAGUAUUCAGCUUUUCCGGGCAUGAUGUGAAUCCGCAGAACGCUCGCCGUCUGCUGCUCUUCUUUAAGGAAAACCUUCCUCCAAUUGCGAGUAAAGAGCCGCGGGCCCCCUCCAAAUCCCCGCGCAGCUCCAGAAUCCCCCCGCACACACUUGCAGGCUGAUGCGGUGGACUCUGGAGGGGCGCGGCGAAUCACAUGAAACGAAACCAAAAGACAGAAAAACAAAAACCAAGGGGAGGCAAGAAGUUACAAAAGCCGCAAAGCGGAGCACUUCCAGGACUAGGCGGCGACAAUAGUGCCCGUUUUCGUGCAGUUCGUAGCUGACUUGGCGCCUUUAUAAUUUAACAAAAAAUGACCUCCCGGCAUCAGCAGCGGACUAGCUUGCGACUCUGCAAGAUACAUACUGACUUUUUUCUCAAGAAGAGAAAGAGUUUCUUGAAUUCUAAGGCCAAUGA